AUGAAGUUUUCCAUUUUCUUUACGAUUGUGAUCACAAUUUCCGAAGUCAUAUCAGAUUCCUUGUUAACUGGUACUUAUGAUCCGAACUCCACUGCUCUGAUAAAUGACAGACGUGACGUAAAGGAAAUUGACGUCCUCCGUCAGCUCGUCAACCAGGAGACCCUCAUCCGGGUAUCCAUGGUCAAUGACGUCAAAUCAGUUGUCGAUGACGUCACAUCUGUAAAGAGAAACUUGACGUCUACAGAGACGAUGGUCGUCACUCUUCUCCAGACGAUUGAGUCAUUAAAAAGUGAGGUGGCUACCCUUAGGCAAGAUGACACUUUAUCGCAGAAGAUCGAAAAAUUAAAAAGACAGAUCGAUACUUUAAAUAAAAACAACACUCUACAGCAGACCGUGGAAGCUCUGGAAAGGAAGAUCAUGGCAAUUAGUCAAAACAACACAUUACAGCAGACCGUAGAAGUUCUUAAAAGGGAGGCUGAUUUUCUUAGACGUGACAGAACUUUACAGAACUCGGUAGAAUUCUUGAAAAAAGAGAUUUACAACCAAAAGCGGGAGGGUAAAAAAAGUUUAGAAAAUUGUCAAAAUAGAUUACAGGAAUUUGACCAAAAAUUCAGAAUUCUAAAUGAAAAUAUAACGGAUAUCUAUCAGUAUCUUGGAACGUUGGAAAAAGGUAAUUGA